AUGCGGUCAAAUAUUUCCAUAAGUAUGUGGAACAUCAAUGGCCUUCACAGUAAGGUACUUGGUGAUAAAUCAAAAAACGAAGAUUUUAUUAAUCAAAUAAAAACAAAUGAUUUUAUAUUUUUAACUGAAACCUGGUCCAAUACUACUAUAUAUGUCCCUGGUUUCAAGGCAAUAUCCAAUGUUAUACCUCCAAAAUUAAAUCAUAGUGGUCGCUUAUCUGGAGGCAUAACUUUGUUAUUUAAUGCAAAAUUUGAAGCAUAUGUUACAGUUUUGAAAAAUUCCAAACACUUUCUCUGGUGUAAAAUCUCCAAAGAAAUAUUAAAAUCAGAAAAUGAUUUUUAUUUAUGUGGAAUAUACAUACCACCAGAAACAUCAAAAUACUUUGAUUCCGAAACAUUUGAUAAAUUAGAAGAAGAAAUGAUCACAUUCUCUGGGAAAGGAGAUGUGAUACUGAUUGGCGACUUUAAUGCAAGAACAGGUAAACUUGGGGACUUUAUUUCAACAGACGGAAAUAAACAUAUACAAAACCUUGUCCAAGACGAUUCAUACCAAACCAAAAGAGAAAAUUUUGAUAAUACAGUAAAUAGUCAUGGAAAACAUCUUCUUGAAAUAUGUAAAAAUUGUGAUCUCCGAAUUCUUAAUGGUAGAACCAAAGGCGACUCCCUAGGUAAAACCACUUUUCAUAGUAAGAAUGGUAUUAGUACCAUAGACUAUGUCGUAUUACCUUUUGGAUAG